UGCCUUACUUCUGCUGGAUCGCGCAGCCGAUCCCAGGUACACCAGUCGUAAAGCGCGGACUGCCUUACACAUGGCUGCCUACAACAAUCUGUCCAAGCAUUUCAGACUCUCAUCAAUAAAGGUGCUGAUGUCAAUGCUAAGGACAUGUCUGGCGACACGCCUCUUCUGGACGCGCUGACCAUGGACAAUCGAGGCAUUGCCGACAUGCUACUGGCUCUAGACUCUGUAGACAUCAACCACGCCAACAACAGGGACAUCACAGCCUUGCACGCCGCGUCAGUUCGUGGAAAUUGCGCUGCUGUCGAGCGGAUUCUGGCACGAGACAAAACAAACGUAAAUAAAAGGAUUAAUGGGGAGAUAAGCCCGCUGCACCUGGCGACCAACGACAACCACGUGGAAGUGAUGCGGCUUCUUGUCAUCCAGGGAGGAGCUGACGUGAACAUUGAAGCAGGAGGCACUCGAGAAGGGUACACCCCUCUGCACCAUGCUUGCUUCAAGGGGCACUUUGAGGCUGUGGAAACACUCUUGGAGCUGGGCGCUCAAGUCAACGUGUACACAAAACUCAAGGAAAGCCCACUGCACCUGGCGAUGGGCAGCCCUCUUCAAAUAGACUCCGAGGAAUUUCACGACGACCCCAUUCUGCGGACGAGAACGCAGAUCGCGUGCCUACUGAUCACAAAUGGCGCUUUCGUGGACGUGGAGGACAACAUGGGUCGCCCCCCUACUCGCUACGGACUGCAGGAAGUGCGCGCCGCAGUGCAGCAUUUCAUGGAUGCCAACCGCCAUUUUGUGAGGAAGCGGGGCCGCGAGCGCAGAGAUGGCGGUGAGGACUUCUCCGUGCUGCGCGGCGUGGCCUUGACAUGUGGACUCUGCCGCAACGCCGUGUCGGACAUCACGCUGCUGCCGUGCGGCCACAAGACCGUGUGCAGAGGCUGCAGUGGUCACGUGGUGCAGUGCCCGGUGUGCCACUACCGCGUGGAUAGAACUACAGACGACGACAAAGCCGGGUCUUUGUUUGAAGCAAUAAGCAGCAGAUGGUAACCACAUCAACAACGUCUUGUCAACCAGAUGGCAGCCAUAACAACGAGCAUAACGAUGAGACUGUCUCGUCACUGCUGCAGGUCUUGGACUGCCGCGAGUUUGCUUUUAAGCAGCUACACUUCUUUCUUUCUAACAAGGCUCAGAAUCGACUGGGUUCCAAUUAUUGGUUCCAUUUAGCAGACAUAUGCAGGCUACGAAUGUCAUUAUUGUGUAUUUUCAGCUGUAGGUUUAUCAGAGGCUACAGAUGUAACUGUCGUGAAGCUGGAAUGUUUGAGUGCCUUUAGUGGAAGUUUUUACUCGUCCAUGUGACAUGGGUGCUCUGUGAACUGUGAAAAUAAAAUGUAGUUUUGUUAAGUAGAGUUGUAAGUAUAUGUCAGCAAUAGCUGCGUUCUCUGGAACUGGCUUUUAACUUUUCUCUGAUAUCAUUUGAUUUAGAUACCUUAAAAUAUCAUUGAUGUGUAUUUUCAUCAGACGUUUUCAUUGUCCAGAACAGUAGAAUAAGAAUAAUUACAAUGAUUAUCAAGCAUCACCAUUGAAAAGCAGACGUCUAGAUAGCAAACUCAGUUAUUUCUAAUUUUUGAGUAUUUAGUAAAUUGAUUUAUUCGACCUGCACAAACUUGUCUUUCCCUCUUUGUCGAAGCAAAACAUUUAUUUUUGUCUUCAUGGUAAUAUUGAGAGAAAAUUGAUGUCUCAAAAUUUGCACUUGUCUAAUGUAAGGUUUGGAAGCCAACUGUUGAUUCUUAGUAGAUUACUGGUUAGUGUUUUGGGUGCUAAAAGCGUUAGACGCAUUUUAUAUAUUUAUACGCAGAAAGUUGCAUCCAUCAUUGGAGAAAAUAAUAUCAAAUGUCUCAGCUUGUCACCAUGAUCCAAUUACAAAUUUGCUAGCUGAAGUCUGAAUUUUUUGGAUUUGAAAGUUAAAGAUAUUAUAAGGCUUAAAAAUUGCUGUCGUUUGAAAUGCAGUUGCGGACUUAACAAUUGGGGAAGCAUUACCUGACAGUAACUGGACAUUUCAAAUGUGUCACUUGAACCUUAUUAUUGUAGCUGUUGUUCACACAGGAGACAAACUGCUUUAAUGUUGGGUCUAGCUGCAUGUGCUAAAACAUUCCAUUUAUUGCAUCGUCAGUCACAAAUGUAAAAAUAUCUGUAGAAAUGAAAAAGGUGACUCGAGCUAUCUUGCCAGCUCCACUUUUAAUCGCAAAUUUAGCUUACAGAGAUGCACUGCUUAGUGUACAGUUUUUUUUUUUCUACAUUUUCCCAUCGCUGCAUCCUAAAUGAGGUCUUGCACACCGACAGUGUCACAGCCAGUGUCUGCUACUUUUCGGUUGAUGACAUUAUCUUCCUACCGGGAAAGCUGGCUGAUGUCCAUGGACCCCCAUCUUUGAUCUUUUUUUUGUCGGGUGAUGUGUGACAGACUAUCUGGGUUUGCUCCCGGGAGCGCAGUGGAUCGAAAUCGUUGAAGACUGUUUAACUCUCGUAACUCUGUUUGUUUGCUGCUGAGAUAAAAAGAUUUGUCCCUCUAGGGAUCUUCGUUUUCGGUAGGACUGGUGAAACCCUUCCUCGUCAUGUGAGCGCUUUGUAGGUGUCCAUUGCUUGCGUCUGGUGUGGCGUCGUCGUUGUACAGUGUAUAUUUCCGAACUACUAGUCGGUAAAGUAGAGGAGGUUCUAAUCAUGGCUUAGCAUCAACAGAAAGUGGUCGCCGAUGUUCAUGAAACAAAGAUGUCAAACCAUGAAACUAGAUGACCUGUUGAUUACGAGAAAUAUGCGAGAUGUAAAGUACCAAUGUGUUUACAACAAAUAAUAAACAAUACUGUAAAGCAUUCAAUCAACAUUAUUUAUUGUCUUACAAUUAAAUACAACUCUGUCUCCGGAGAGAAAUUCAUGUAAUUGUUAAUGUAAUUGUUAAUAAAAAUUACAAUAAAAAUUGCAAAUUUCAAGGUUGAA